AUGGCCGGCGGAAAGGGAAAGUCUAUCGGCGGGAAGGCUGCCCCCAAGGACGCUGCGGGGAAAACCCAGAAGUCCCACAGCGCGAAGGCUGGCUUGCAGUUUCCUUGCGGUCGUGUUAAGCGUUUCUUGAAGAACAACACGCAAAAUAAGAUGCGCGUCGGCGCCAAAGCUGCCGUCUAUGUGACUGCCGUCCUUGAGUACCUGACCGCUGAAGUCCUGGAACUUGCUGGAAACGCCGCCAAGGACCUCAAAGUCAAGCGCAUCACUCCUCGUCACUUGCAACUCGCCAUCCGAGGAGACGAAGAGUUGGACACGCUGAUUCGGGCGACCAUCGCGUUUGGAGGUGUCCUGCCGCGUAUCAACCGUGCUUUGCUGCUCAAGGUUGAGCAGAAGAAGAAGAACAAGGUUGAGGGCUAA